AUGCCAUUUUUGCCCUUCCUGAAUAUUCUCGGCCUGAGAAGGGAACUGGAAGGAACACAUGCCGAAAUUUUCACCUGGGGAUGUGAUGGGUACAAUGACUCCAUCAAACAAUGGAGUGACUCGUGCGAUAGACAAGUUGGCGCGAUGGUCCGGGUCACAUCGACUAAUGAAGCAGCCACAGUUGUGCGCUUUGCUGCGUGCCAUAAAAUCCCUUUCACCGUAAAAGGAGGGGGGUACUCCACCACUGGCGCCUCAACAACUCAGGGCGGUAUCGUCUUGGACCUUUCCAACCUACGAAGGGUCCACGUGGAUCCGGUAUCUCGGGUACUUACUGCUCAAGGUGGGGCUCUAUGGGAAGAUAUCGAUGUCGCUGCAGCCCAGUAUAGGCUGGCAGUCGUCGGAAGUACAUUGAACCGCAUUGGGGUGGCAGGAGCAACACUAGGAGGAGGCUAUGGAUGGCUGACUGGCCAAUAUGGCUUAGCGAUUGAUAACUUGCUAUGGGCGAGGAUGAUAUUAGCCGAUGGCAGCGUAAUCACCGCGUCCGAAGAGCAGCAUCAAGACCUAUUUUGGGCCAUUCGAGGUGCCGGACAGAGCUUCGGGGUGGCCAUUGAGUUAGGCUUCCAAGCCCACGAACAGGAUCGCCCUGUAUUCGCUGGAACUCUUCUCUUCUCGGCGGACAACCUACCCGCGAUUAUUGAGUUUGCUAACCAAUUUGAGACUCUUACAAACGGUAAGCAGGGAUUUUGGUUCGGAUUCGCCUCACCUCCCUCAAUAGCCGGAUGCGCCAUCUUCGUGGCUGUCUUCUAUAAUGGGGCCCAGAUGGCUGCACAGCAGUUCUUUUCUCCAUUGUUCUCGUUGGGCCCGAUGGAUAACCGGACCCAAAUGCUGCCAUACGAUAGUCUUAACGGCAUACUGAACGUGUUGGAUACCGUGACCCGCCGCAGAAACCUUACGGGGUUCGAUAUCACUCUUCCUGACGAUGAAAGUGUGGGUCCUCGAAAAAGCCUGCGAGGAUCAAAUAUUACUCUCCCACUGGAAGUUGAUUUUGUCGUAUCCCUUUACACCGAAUUUGAUGUCAUCUUGAAGAAGUUUCCACGGAGCAGGGACAGCAUAUUACUUUUCGAACUCCUGCCAACUACACAGAUCGCCAAAGUUCCUAACGAUGCCACCGCCUUUGCCAGUCGUGGUCCUUAUUAUAAUGUCAGUUCGCUAUUUAGAUGGCAUGAUGCCCAUUUGGACGAGAGAAUACACUCACUGCAACGAGACAUGAUGAACCACAUUGGGACACGUGCAGGUAUCGCAGCCCAGCCCAAUUAUAAGGUUUCCAAACAUGGCACAGGAGUAUAUGCGAACUAUGCCGGACAUGACCUCCCCAUGGAGGCAAUAUUUGGAGACAAUCUUCCACGUCUCCGGGAGCUGAAAAAGAAGUAUGAUCCAAAUAAUAUAUUCAGCAAGUGGCACAACAUCAACGCGCCUCUGGAUACACUGGGAUAG